UUCUUCCUAGGUUAUCAUGAAGGGUGAUGAUAUCGUUAUCACCGGCUUCUCGGCCUACUUCCCCCAAGCGGAUCACCUGGUCGAGUUCAAGGAGAAGCUGUACGCGGGUGAAUGUAUGGUCACCGAGGAUGACUCGCGCUGGCCUCCAGGAUUCAACGGUUUGCCAAGACCCCAUGGCAAGAUCCGAGACCUGACCCGCUUCGACGCGCAGUUCUUCAACACACAUCCAAAGCAGGCUCACGUGAUGGACCCUCAGUUGCGGUUGCUGUUAGAGACGUCGUACGAGGCCAUCAUGGACGCCGGCUACGACCCGGAGAAGCUGCGAAAGCGCAAGAUCGGUGUUUUCAUUGGCAAUUCGACCUCGGAGUCAAACGAGGCGUUCAAAAUGGACCCGGCGAAAAUGGAUGGCUACGUCCUACUGGGAUGCCAUAGAGCCAUGUUCUCCAACCGAAUUUCUUACUCGCUCGACUUACAGGUCUCUCGUGCUGGUAACCCGCGACAGUCCCUUGAACGUCCCGAGGCCUCCCAUGCGUCCCUCGCGCGCAGGCAGGUCCUCGAUGACGAUGAGCUCAGGCGCACCACCCGCCUCCGCCUCCGCCAGCGAGGCCCCACUCGGCGUGGGGCUAACAGCGACGUAUUCGGCCAAUGA